AUCAGGACUUUGAACAAGACAAGUUUCUCUCUCUUCCCCUCUGUCCUGCCAUUUCCAGCCACUCAUGCUAGAGAGAGAGAGAGAGAGAGAGAGAGAGAGAGAGAGAUUUAGAGAGAGAAUCUGGAAAAUUCGAGGGAAUUUCAAGAUUUAAUCAACCAAAGACGUGGCCUUUUUUCCUUCCCAUUAUCAUCCCAUCAUCAUCCAAACAUUCAUCAUUUGAUUUCUUUCUGGGAAUUCGAUCCCAACAAUUAAAAACAAAAAAAGAUUCAAUUUUUAUUUCUGUAAUUAAAUAAAAAAAGGAAAAAAUGCCGUCUCCGGCGAACUUCCCGCUGAGAUGGGAGAGCACCGGCGACCAAUGGUGGUUCGCAUCGCCGAUCGACUGGGCGGCGGCGAACGGCCACUACGACGUCGUUCGGGAGCUCCUCCACAUCGACACGAAUCUCCUCAUCAAACUCACGUCCCUCCCGAGGAUCCGCCGCCUCGAGACCGUGUGGGACGACGGCGACGGCGACGGGAGCUUCAGCCACGUGGCAAAGUGCAGGUCCCACGUGGCGAGGAGGCUCCUCCAGGAGUGCGAGGUCAAGAAGUCGGGCCACAAUUCCCUGAUCGGCGCAGGCUACGGCGGCUGGCUCCUCUACACCGCCGCCUCCGCCGGCGACGUGGCGUUCGUGAGGGAGCUGCUGGAGAGGGACCCACUGCUGGUGUUCGGCGAGGGGGAGUAUGGGGUUACCGAUAUAUUCUACGCCGCCGCCAGGAGCAAGGAUUUCGAUGUUUUUAAGGUUGUGUUUGAUUGCUCUGUCUCUCCAAAGGGUCCGCAGUUGAAGGAGGUUUCUCCGGUUUUCCGGUCGGAGAUGACGAAUAGGGCGGUCCAUGCCGCGGCUAGAGGCGGCAAUGUGGCGGUGCUGAGAGAUAUCUUGAACGGCGGCGGCGGUGGUGGUGGUGAUGUUUUGACUUAUAGGGAUGCUAGGGGUUCUACUGUAUUGCAUACAGCCUCCGGCAGAGGGCAAGUUGAGGUGGUGAAGUACUUAAUAGCCUCGUACGACAUAAUCGAUACAGUCGACAACCGAGGCAACACGUCGUUACACAUAGCUGCCUAUCGGGGCCACUUGUCCGUACUCGAGAUCCUCAUCUCCAGUUCUCCGAAAUCAGCCACGUCAGCAAACAACUACGGGGACACUUUUCUCCACAUGGCAGUUUCCGGUUUUCGGGCGCCUAGUUUCCGGAGAAUGGACCGACAGAUACAUCUCAUGCAGCAAUUAGUUUCCGGUAAGCUCGUAAACCUCGAGGACAUUAUAAAUAUUCAGAAUAACGACGGGAGAACCGCACUCCACACCGCCGUGAUAGACAACAUCCAAUCGGAAAUCGUCGAGCUGCUCAUGUCCGUUCGCUACAUAAACCUUAAUAUAUGCGAUAAUGACGGAAAUACACCCCUCGACCUCCUCAAGCAGCGCCCGAGAUCCGCCUCCUCCGAGAUCCUGAUCAAACGGCUGAUAUCCGCCGGAGGGAUCUCCGAUCGAAAUACCCGAAACGCCCUCGUCUCACACCUGAGGAUGCAUGGCAUCGGGGGCAGUCCCGGAACUUCUUUCCGGAUACCCGACGCCGAGAUUUUCUUGUACACGGGCGUCGAAGUAGUAACGAGCACUACGGAGUGCGGUUACUCGGGGGAAAUCCAAAGCGCGGGCCCCACGUCAUCGGAAUCGAAAUUCAAGAAAACGGGAUCGAUAAAUAGCCGUCUCAGGAAUCUGUUCCGUUUGCCGACAAAGAAAGAUACCGCCGCCCCUUCGGAUCUGGAAGACGCUUCGGAAUAUUCCGUCGCGUCUUAUGGGCGGAGUUUUAAAGACAGCCCGAUUCCGUUAAGGCAGCAGUUUUCGAGAAUGUCUUCGAUGCCGAACAACAAGAGGGUGCAACCUUCGUUACCCGCGGGUGACUUUAAUUACACUCCGAGCCCGUUGACCAAGAAGAAGUAUGCUGCUGGAUUAACGCACGGAGUUCUACAAGUGGUGCCGAAGAAGUACUUUGGAUCGCCUUCGAGCGCUCUUUCCGAGUCCUCGUACAAUGGUAGCGUGGAACCCUCCCCGGCGAAUCAAUCCCCGAGUUUGGAUAAGGUUAAGAUGAAGCGUAAACACGCCUCGUUUAACUUGAGGUUGAUGAAUAGCUACUUGUGUUUUGGUGCACAGGGUUUGUCUGUGGAGAAGAGUGUUGAUGCAACAAGAGAAAACCAAGAUCCACAAAGUAUAGUUGUGUAGUGAGUUAUAUGUGUAUUUAAUUUUUGAAUUAGUUGCUAAUAAGAAGUGAAUUUUGUUUUUUUUUAAACCAAUUAAAUUUGCAGAAUCUGUAAUACCAAGUUUUGUUGUUUUGUGUAAAUCUAUUGUUACUUGUGUA